AGUGUUAAGUACAUAGCGCAUGCGCGCGAUCGUCUGCUGUUACAGUGUCAUCGCAGUAGUGGUUCGAAAAUUGAAUUUAUAUGGCAGUGGUGACACGACAAUGUGGUGAUUUACAUUAUGUGCAGGCGAGGGGCAGCGAUGGAAGGACUCCUAAAACUGGCUGGACGGCAAAACUGGCAUGUGACUGCAUCAAAACGCAACUAUGCACGAUAGCAGUAUCGAUGUCCCUCUUCAAUUCGACGCGACUACCGCGGGAGGCGUUCGUGUACGGCGCCGUCCCUUACCUGGUGGUCUACUCGUUUUGGCUGCUGGUGGUUGGCUUACCGGUAGUAUUAUUACAGUUGGCAAUGGGACAGCUCAGCCAACAAGAUGCAGUUGGAGUUUGGAGAGCAGUGCCAAUAUUGAGAGGUGUGGGUCAUUUAAAAUUGCUGACGUCAUACCUGUGCUGCAUAUACAGUGUAAUGUAUGUGGCAGUUGCAAUGGCUUUUCUGAUAUGGAUUGGGAAAGGACCAUUCCCACUGAAGGACUGCACACGUCUGCGUAUAACCCCGCGCGGAUACGAGAAUAAGAUGAAUGCAUCAGAAUGUUUUAGUACAACAUUUUUAACGCCGUUCACUGAACACCCACAAUACUUGGGCAUAAUGGGCAUCCUGAUAUUUAUUUUGUGGUUUUUCGUGCCAAUACUAUUAUACCGACUUCGAAAAUCAUUGAAAACCUCUCUCAAUGUGUUAGCACCGGUGAUAGUUAUUAUUGCAGUCGUUCUAUGUACAUUUACGUCUAACGUUGAAUCAUUGAAUUCGAUGUUCGAGUCCUGCGAGCAAUGGACACCGUUAACACAGCCGUACAUAUGGCAUAGUGCCUUAGUACAGGCAUUGAUGUCGACGCAAAUUUUAACAGGCUUCCUAAUCAGUGGUGGAGGCACUAUUUAUAGACAUUCAGAUGUUCGGUGGACUUCAAUGUCAAUCAUAACAACAAACCUCCUCUCCAGUUGGAUAUGGGUAUUAAUCUGGGAAUCGAUUGGAGGCACUUCAAAGAAAGACACCAGUUUUAUAGCCAUCCUUGUCUUGAUAUACCAAUCCAGUGUAUCAGAGAAGAGGACGAAGGAGUGGCCUAUUAUCUCCUUCGGAAUCGUUUUCAUUUCUGGCAUUAUCACUUUGCUAACUUUACUCUUUCCAAUAUACGACAAACUCCAUCGUCUAGUCAGAGACCAUUGGCGGUUCUAUGCAGCAGCUCUAUCAACUGUAGGCACAGCAUUCUCAGUUGCUGUGCUAGCUAGAAGUUUAGAGGUAGUUACCGUCUUAGAUGAGAUGGUAGUUCCAGUAUUAACAAUUUUCACUACUACUCUUGAAGUUGUUGGUUUUGCUUUCGUGUAUGGAUGGUUCUACCUGUCUGUGGAUAUUGAAUUUCUUACCGGAAAUAAACUGCCAUGUUUCUGGGCGGUCAGUUGGUGGACAAUUCCUGUAUUUAUCAUUGGCGUAACUGGAUGGUGGUUGCGGACCUUGAUCAGGGCUAGUUGGAGUCAAGAUCAAACGUUGUGGCCAUUAGUUGGGGUCUUCAUAGGGAUACUGGUUAUUAUGAUACUAAUGGCAGCUGUUGCAGUAGUAAAAGAAGAGCAGUUCAAUUUAGUUUCUAAAAUAGCUUCAGCAUUCAGCUCGUCAAGACUAUGGGGCCCCGAGGAGCCAAUGGCCAGAUAUGUUUGGAUGUCCCAAAGAUACGCUCACGAAGUCCACAGUUCAGACACCGACAUACAAUCUGAACCAAUAAACUAUUCCCAGAUCGUAUUCAAUCCAGACCACAACCCCUUCGGCAGCGAAUGGUUUAACAAAACGAACGAAAUGCACAAACCUUAUAAUGUUUAUAGUAAAACUCCAUACGUAGACAAUUACGGUGACGUCUACAAAGAUAUUAGUACUAUUUAUAUGCCACAACCAAUAAGAGAUAUUAAGAAAAAGGAGGAUGAAGAGAAAUUCAGAUCACCGAACGUAUGUAUAGCUAGAAACGAAAUAGGUGGUACAUUGAACUGUAAUUGUAACAGACAUUUUACUUUGAACGUGCCAGAUUUAAGAAAAUGCGAAGUAACGACGUGCCUUUAGCAAUUUUUAGCUAACUCAAAUUAUGUAUAAUUUAAUCAAAUUUAUACAAUAAACCGAAUAUCUUUCUAAAGAAUCUCAAGCUUCAUAACGUUUUAAAUUUUAGAUGAAAAUAUUCACACUAUAUUCUCUUAAGUAAUCGCAAGUUCAAGAUAAAAACUAUUGACAAUACCUAUUUAAAUUCUUUAAAAGCUUAAAGGAAUUAAUUUAUUUUGCUUGUAUAAAUCUGCAAUUAAAAUUGAGCCUACCAAAAAUAAAGUAACUUAUACCAAAUCACAGACCACAUUAUGUAAAUCAGUGACUUAUUAGUUAUUAAGCUAUGCCAUUAAGAAUGUUAGCGUACAACGAAGGUGUUGCCUAGUCGACUUAAUUUAUUACAAUGAGAAAAGAAACACCAUUCAAGGAAUAAAGUGUUUUUAAGUGA